CCAUCCACAACAGUGAGAACGAAGCCACCCCACAAGCCCACGCUCGCCUGCACAAUGGCCAAAACGUCCGCAGCGUCCCUAGACACAACAAUGACCCCCUCGACACCGACGGCGCCCGGCUCAGCGUCGCCGCGCACCAAGGCAGCGUCGGCGCCCAUCCCAGACGGGUGCAGCAGGGGCCGGCUGGAGGACGGCAGCCCAGUGAUAUGGGUCGACUUUCCCCCCGGGUCGACUGAGAACCCGUUCUACUUCACCACGGCGCGCAAGACGGCCAUCACGCUCGUGGCGAGUUGGUACACCUUCAUGACAGCAUACACCAUCUCCGUGUUCCCCAUCUCCGCGCCGUCCAUGUGCGCCGAGCUGCACUGUUCCCAGCUGGAAGUGAGCGCCGGCGUCGCGCUCUACACUUGGGGCUUUGCCAUCGCGCCCCUGUUCCUCGCGCCGCUGAGCGAGGAGCUCGGCAGGCGGUGGACGUAUAUCGGGGCCGUGUUCAUUUUCUGGAUCUUCCACAUCCAGAUGGCACUCGCCCACAACACAGCCACCAUCCUCGUCUCGUGCUUCAUCCGCGGGUGUGCCGGCAGUGUCGGCGCCACGCUGGUCGGCGGCACCAUCUCGGACAUCUUCAUCCCGGCGCGGCGCGGCCUCCCGAUGGCCGUGUUCGGCUUCUGCGCCGUGUGCGGCGGCGGCGCGGGCGCCCUCUGCAUGGGCUUCGUGGAGGGUAACCGGCAUCUGCAGUGGCGCUGGGUGUGGUGGCUCAUGGUCAUCAUGCUGGGCGUCUUCUUCCCGAUCGUCGUGCUCGUCAUGCGCGAGACCCGCGCGCCCAUCAUCCUCGCGCGCAAGGCCAAGCGGCUGCGCAAGGAGCGCGGGGACGCCGAUGGGGGCCGAUACAUGGCGCGAGGGGAGGAGGCCAAGACGUCGUUCGUGACCCAGAUGAAGGGGUCGCUUUCUCGCCCGCUGCUCUUCCUCAUCACCGAGCCCGUUGUGCUCUUCUUCUCCAUCUGGAUCGGGCUGGGCUGGGGCGUGUUCUACACGCAGAUUGUCGGCCUGCCGUACAUCUACAAGCACGUCCAUGUCUUUAGGACCCCAGGCCAGGUCGGCCUCACGUACCUCAGUAUCGUUAUCGGCGCCAUGCUCGGCUUCGCCCUCAACUUUGUCCAGGAGCGGAUAUACAAGGCCAAGGCGCCGAAGCGGGGCGUUGAGGCCCGCCUGUACGCACCCAUGGCGGCGGGCAUCUUCUUCGCCAUCGGGUGCUACAUUACCGGCUUUACCGCCGUCAAGAAUGUGCACUGGAUCGGGCCGUGUAUCGGCAUGGUUGUCGUGCUGGCAUCAGUUCUCACGAUCUACAUCUGCUCUUUCACCUACCUCAGUGAAUGCUACGGCAAGUUCGCCUCGUCAGCCGUGGCCGGCCAGUCGUUCCUGCGGAACAUGAUCUCCGGUGCGCUGGCACUGGCCUCGACGACAAUGUUCGACCGCAUGACGGUGCGCUGGGCGAUCGUGAUGAUGGCUGCGAUUGGAACCGUGCUCUCCCUCGUGCCCUUCGUCGCCUUCUUCUACGGCCCCGCCAUCCGCGCACGGAGCAAGUACUCCCGUGAGCUGAUGGAGCUCGAGCGGCAGGAGCUCGAGAAGGAGCGCGAGAAGCGCGAGGCGCGCGGGAUGGAUACCGCCGACGCAGAGGACCCGGAGGGCGACGCAAACUCCACUUAUGAACGCGAGCAUCCUGAGGUGACUGCUCAGCCCAAGGUGUAGGGGCGGAAGGCUAGUGAGGAGAGUAGGCGACAUCUUGUAUCCGUUAGACCUGUCAUAUGCAGCAUGUAGC